UAAAUCGCUCGGACCCCUCUGAGAUGGCGGGACAAACCAUCCUGGACUGCAGACAGCGCUCUAGAUUAACCAAGGAUUGCCUUACUGUCGCUGGACCAAGGCAGCCAAGCCUAGCCUAGUGGCCCUGGAGCGUCUCCAGCACCAGGGUGGGGCCCCGGAGGGAGCGCCCAGUCAGUCACCCCGGCAUGUGGGCGCGGCGGGGCGGGCCAGGGCUCCGAGCUGGACGCUGAGCUCCUUCUGGGCCCGAGUGUUUGUCCAGCCAGCCCUCCCGGCUGGGUCUCAGCCUGUCCUCCCUUCUCUUCCUGGACAGCUGCCGGAGGCAAUCUGAAGGUGGCAGGUGCUUGGGCCACCUUGCUCGGGGGUCCUGAGCAGGUUUGUCCACUGAACAGCAUUUACGAAAGAAACCACUCUGCUGAGUUCCAGUCCCAGCGGGUCAUUACUGCUGGGGUGUUCCAGCCUCUGGGAAGGCCUGUGGAGGUGCCCAAGCGCCAGCCUGCUGGGAGCAAGUCAUUUCCGGAAGCCUCUGCUACAGGUGCAGAGAUUCCAGAAGCCUCUGCUACAGGUGCAGAGGUUCUUGUGAUCAGCAACGAUGCUGAGACAGAUACUGGCGGAUAUGUUCAUAGACCCUGACCUGCUGGCAGAGCUCAGCGAAGAGCAGAAACAGAUCUUGUUCUACAAGAUGAGGGAGGAACAGAUCCGGAGGUGGAAAGAAAGAGAAGCCGCCAUGGAAAGAAAGGAGUCCUUGCCAGUGAAAUCCAGACCAAAGAAAGAGAAUGGCAAAUCUGUCCACUGGAAGCUGGGCGCUGAUAAGAAGGUGUGGGUUUGGGUGAUGGGCGAACACCAUCUCGACAAGCCCUACGAUGUGCUGUGUGAUGAGAUCCUGGCUGAGAGGGCGCGUCUGAGAGCAGCACAGGACUCAGAGCUCAGGAAAGCCCAGUCUGUGGAAUUCACCAAUAGCUUGAGAACAAAGUCACAGAGCUGUGGUCAGCAGGCACUAGAGAAGCUGGAGCCGCAGAAUGUCACCAGGAAAGCAGCGGCAGAGGAGACACCAGGGCAAGGACCCAGAGCAACACCGACCAAGAGUGAGGACAAAGCCCGUACUAAAGAGCCCGUCAAGAAAAAGGAAGAUGAAGAAAUAAAACAAAUAGAGGAUGAAAAAGCCAAGCAGAUAUACAAGAGUUGGAAAGAGGAUUCAGAAUGGCAGGCAUCUUUGCGAAAAUCCAAGGCAGCCGAUGAGAAGAGGCGCUCCUUAGCCAAACAAGCUCGGGAAGACUACAAGAGGCUAUCCCAAAGGGGAAGGAGUGGAGAGGGGCUGCAGAGCCCUUUGGCUGGCCCACAGAAGCCUAGAAGACCUCCUCUUCCCCCGAAGCCCCAGUUCCUACACCCACUAGGAAACCCUCCAAAGUCUGUAGGGAAUCAGGGAGUGAUAAGGGCAGAGUCCAGCUCCACCCAGGAGGACAUCAUUCGAUGGUUCAAAGAGGAGCAGCUGCCAUUCCGUGCAGGUUUCCAGAAAAACUCAGACACCAUCGCUCCCUGGUUCCACGGGAUUCUCACACUAAAGAAAGCAAAUGAACUUCUGAGCACAGGCGUGCCGGGCAGUUUUCUGAUCCGAGUCAGUGAGAAGAUCAAGGGCUAUGCCCUGUCCUACCUGUCUGAGGAGGGCUGCAAACAUUUCCUCAUAGAUGCAUCUGCCGACUCUUACAGCUUCCUGGGUGUGGACCAGCUGCAGCACGCCACCCUGGCAGAUUUGGUGGAAUAUCACAAGGAAGAGCCCAUAACCUCCCUGGGGAAGGAACUCCUGAUGUACCCCUGUGGUCAACAAGACAAGCCACCCGACUACCUGGAGCUUUUUGAGUGACAUCUCUCCCCCAGAUCAGUCUCCAGCCUCCAGCUGGGUUCUCCUCUGGACAGACACCUCUGAGGUGGACAUUUGCAUGUGAUGCCAAAAUCACUCUGUGACAGAGCCAACAGCGAACAAUGUCUGUGAGGUCUAAAUUGAAUCCUCUAUUCUGCAUAAAUGCUGGAGUUCAAUUCAAGGGGACAUGACCUCUCCCUCGUCCUCAUUCUGAAAAGAAAGGGAGAAGUGUACCCAUUUCAACAACAUCCUAAUACGAAGAUAGGACCUUGAAGGAUAUGACCCUAAUGAUGUAUAUAAGAUAAAAUAGCAAGUGUAAAUUGAAAUCUUUUUAGCAAUUAAGGUGUUACUGUAAAAAAAAAAGUGAACUAUUUUGUGAUCAUAUGCUCCGUCUUUGGUAUCCAGUCAAAGGUCUCAGUCUCCUGCUUAUGUGAACUUCCAUCUUGGCUUUAUUAUGCUGGGGAAAAAAUGUCCUAACUCAGGACUGAGAUUAUCCCCAAAAGACAACCUAUUCUGUAUGUGUUGGAACCAGGAUUUAAGAGACAGAAAAGCAAUUCCCGGUUGGGAACUGAAAGAGAAGUUUCAGUACCUGGGGAGAGGGACGUACCAUGUACAAACAAACAAACAGAUACAAACAAUAACUACUAGAUACAGCACACGGUGACAGGAGGGACCUGCAGCAUCUUAUAGCUUGCUCCUCCUUUUGCUCUGCCUCCCUCGCCUCUAACUAUGAAUAAAUACAAAAGAUGCUGUGCACAGCCGUGGAAGGACUCAUGUAUUCAUGGUCCAAAGAGAAGAACAGAGUGAGAGUCUUGGAUACCACCUAUUGAAAGUUGAAUUGUGUCCCACGUCAAAAAAAAACAUGAAGUACUGACCUCCCUGUACGGGGGUGUGACCGGAUAUGGAAAUAGGGUCUUUGCAGACAAGAUGGGUAGGGUAGGCCCUGACUCUAAUGACUGGCAUCUAGACAGGGAAGAGAGAUUUAGAGAUAGACACACAGAAAGAUGAAGGCUAAGAGACCACAGAGAAGGAGAGUGGGUGAUGAAGCCGUGAUCAGAGGCUGCCAGGGAUGGUGGAAGAUGACAGGACUCAGGGUAGAUUCUCCCCGGAACUCUAGAAGACAAAAACAUGGCCCUGUUCAUACUUGUUUGCACUGUCACUGCUGCCUGCUAGCCUUUAGAACUGUGAGGUAAUAAACGUCAAAGCCACUGGAUAUAUGGUAACUUUUUACAGCACUCUCAGAAAACUAGUGCAAGAGUUUAUGUAGCCGCAGAUCCCACACACAUUUCAUGGACUUGUUUCUUGUUACGGUCUGCACCCUCACUAUGAAAUAAAACUUGGAUAUGGGAAGAACAUUCCAAGCAAUGCUGUCUAGCCCUGGGACACAGAUUUACUCAGCCAGGAAUGUCCUGCCCUACAUCAUCCUUAAAUCAAAUCUCCAGCCAUUUUUAGCUCAGAUGGAUGAGGUGGGGCCAACCUCUGGAUGGCAACCAAAGAGUGUGUGAGUCAUUCCGUGUCAUGUUUUCCUGGGAGGAAGGAACUUUGUCCAUAGCUAAGCCUAUCUGUGCUAGCUGUUUUUGAACUUGCCUUUUUAUCCAAAGUAGAAAGGCGCUACAGUUGUUCCUUGUGUGCAGCAGUCAAACGCACAAUGAACUGAGGUAGAGGCUGGUGUGCACGCCCAUGAGAAGAAAACUUUGAAAUUCAGAUUGGUUCUUAAAAUUUUCCAUGUGGUUCAUAAUGUGAAAUUUUUUAUAAGGUACGCCCUUUAGCUUUGUUUCCAUGACUCAGUGGUUAGGACAUUACUCAGAAUCUUUGUUCUGUUCUCAUCUCUCUCCACUGCUUUCCUGGUUAUCUUGAAUGGGCCCUUUACCUAUCUAUACUAGUUACUUUUCUCGUUGAGGUGACCAAAAUACCUGCCAAAAACAAGGUAAGGAAGGAAGGAAGGAAGGAAGGAAGGAAGGAAGGAAGGAAGGAAGGAAGGAAGGAAGGAAGGGUUUAUUUCCUCUCACAGUGUGAGCGUGCAGUCCAUCAUGACGGGGAACCCACGGUGGCAGGAGCCUGCCGCAGCUGGUCACGUAGAACCACAGUUAGGAAGUAGAGAGAGACGAAUGAUGGUACUCAACUAGCUCUCUCCGCUUUACUCAGCGUGGGACACAGCUGAUGGUAGGGUGCUGAAAUACUUAUGUAGGCAAUAAGUAUGGCUGUGUCCAAAUAUAUCGCUCUGUGUUAAGUGACCGGAAGAAGAUUAAGAAAGAACUCAACCCGGUUAACCUAAUAUAAUAGCAAGAGGACUAUAUUUGAGUUCUAUACUCUUUCAUCUUAUUGGUUAUCGACACACAAAGGAAUAAACUGUCUAGUGUUUGGUGAUACAAUGGCCAGGAGGAAUAUUGAAGUUUUGAAGGCAGGAAAUGGUUUACAGAAUUGGGAAUUUCAACUAAAUGGGCUGAGGAACCUGAAUACUCAUCCUCAUUGUCCUGAGAGUGUCUCAUACUAGAUAUGGUCUGAGGUGGGGUCCAAUCCUGGCCCUGGUCUCCUGUUUCUGCUGUGUCAACAAGCCUAGAGUCCUGCCCUUUCUGCUCAAGGUUUUUUAAUCCAGGUGUCACCUUUAGACUGUCAUACAGCUUUCCAAUCCCAGGGAAUCAGGCCUGUGGACACUUGUGUCUUGGGUUAGAGCCAAGUGCCAUCCCCGGCCCACACUGAUUCUUCUUUCUAUCAGUAAGACUUUGGAAAGUCCCUGCUACAGUCAUCUCAAAUUUUCUGGCCUUUAUAUUGCCAUGGCAAGCCAGGUGAAGAUGUGUCGGCUCAAACAUUACCUAGGCUAAGGAAGAACACAGGAACAAUUAGACCAAAAAGAACCGAAGGGGCAGAUCAUGAAUAUGUCCCCCGCAGCUAUCUCAGGGCAUCUAUACCCAGAAUUUCCUAUUUGAGCCAAGGCUUUGCCAUUAGUCAUUCUUUGGUGGACUAGCAUUGUUCUAGUCUGCUUUCUGUUGCUGUGAUAAACACCAUGACUGAAGCAACCCGGAGGAAAAAAGGUUUACUUGUUGGCUUACACAUCCCAAUCAUCUUCAAUUACUGGAGGAAGUCAAGGCAGGAACUGAGGCAGAAGGCAGUGAGCGAUGCUACUUGCUGGUUUGUUCUCAGGCUUGCAUUCAGCUACCUUUCUUACACUUCCCAGGAUCACCUUCCCAGACCUGGCAGGAACCACAGUGAGCUGGGGCCUCCCACAUCAAUCAUCAAUCAAGAAAAUACCCCAUAGACUUCCCUACGGGUCCAUCCAAUGCAAGCAUCUUCUUAAUUAAGGCACAUUUGUGACCCUUGCACACAUGUAGUUUGGGGCUCCCACUAGUUUGAGUACAGAUUACACACAAAAUAUUUAUAGAAUGACAGCAACAUAUCCAUGGAGCUUCUUUGCUUCUAUUUUGAUGGCUGCUCCCCCACCUUGCCUGGGCACCAACAGACCCCAGCAGUUAGCUUCCCCAGGUGGGGACAUGCCCUGGUACACGUAGCAACUGAUAAGCGCUUGCAUCUCAAGGCUCGGAGGAAUGGUUGCUUGCUUGUCUGACCACUGAAACAUCCUAGGCUGGACUUCCUUUCUUUUCUAUAUGACCUUAUAAGGUACGUUCCCUGCUGCUCCUGAGUAUGCAAAUGAAUCACCGUCCAUGUUCUUGCCUCAACCAAUAACAUACCACCACAUGGAUCCAACUGGCCAUUCUUCCUGGGGUAUAAUUGUUCCCUGUCCCCUCCUAAUAAACGAGCUGUUUUCACACACAGUUUCCCAGGAGUUCUUUGCCAUCACACUCACCGAUGCCCAGGAUCCUCCUGCACCCUGAUGUGCUUUGACCGCUCACCCUCUCCCCGACCAGGUUGGGCUAGUGUGCAAUAGUCCGACCAUACCAGGACAAAGUAGGACUCCAGUCAGGCAAAUGAUUUUAUUUCAGGGAGCAUUAUACUCAUCUUUCUUAGAAUGCAGUUUUUUUCUUAUAAUUACAGCUUUUCCACAAUUAUAUCUUUAAUAGUUUUGUUUAAUUGUGCUUUCCUGUCCUUUAGGGAUAGAUACUUGGGUUUCUCUUCCUUGCCUUCUAUCUUUACAAUCUUUCCAUUGUGCUUAUCCCUCCUUUCUGCUGUGUAUUAGGAGAGCCACUCAUGCCUGACCCUGAAGAAGGCGAGACUGGAUUUCCUG